AUGAGUGGAACGAGGAUUAAUGACUGUCGACUUCAAUAUUUGUUUCUGAUUUUGCUUCUUGUUCUGGGCGGCUGUUUCCGGCGGGUUUGGUGUGUGGACGGGGAUGAAUACAGUCGGACCAAGAACCCGACAGUGGUACCACUUGUUACAUCUCUCAUCUAUAGCCAAAUUUCGAAUCUUACUAAGAUAUUCAACAAGGAUAUCACCAAGAGCUUGGGAUAUUGCACAAAGGAUGUGGAUGCUGAUUUGAACGAGGCAUUUAAUUUUGCCGGCAAUUUGGAUUUUUUGAAUAAAUGUGUUAUGCAAACCAAAGAUGUUACCCAGAGAAUGUGUACAGCAGCGGAGAUGAAGUUCUAUUUUACUAGUAUUAUGGACACAAAGUCAGCUGAUGCUCAAUUUUUAAAACCCAACAGGAACUGUAAUUUAACCUCAUGGGUUCCCGGAUGUGAGCCAGGGUGGGCUUGUAGUGUUGCUCCAGAUCAGAAGGUUAACCUGAAAAACUCUAAGGACAUUCCCCUUCGAACUCGCGACAGCCAACCUUGUUGUGAAGGUUUUUUCUGCCCCCGGGGUCUCACUUGCAUGAUCCCUUGUCCUCUAGGUUCUUAUUGCCCACAUGCAAAUCUCAAUAAAGCCACUGGCAUAUGUGAUCCAUAUGCAUAUCAACUCCCACCUGGUAAGGGAAAUCACACAUGUGGUGCAGCAGAUACAUGGGCAGGUGUAGCAAGUAGUGAGGAUAUAUUUUGUUCAGCAGGAUUUUACUGUCCAACUACCACCAAAAAGAUUACAUGUACCAAGGGACAUUAUUGCAGGAUGGGCUCUACAGGCGAAAAAGCUUGCUUCAAGUUGAGUAGUUGUAAUCCAAAUACAUACAAACAGAACAUGCAUGCCUAUGGGUUCAUACUCAUUGGUGCAUUGAGCUUGAUACUUAUGGUGUUCUACAAUUGCUCUGAUCAAGUCCUCUCAACUCGACAUGCAAGACUGGCUAAGUCUAGAGAAAGGGCUGCUAGAAGUGCUCGAGAAACUGCACAAGCAAGAGAAAGGUGGAAAAUUGCGAAAGAUGUUGCAAAGAAGCGAACUGCAGGCUUGCAACAACAGUUGUCACGCACAUUUUCACGUAAAAAUGGUGUAGAAGCUAGCACUAAUGAAUCAUCGCUUCCACCUAAGUUUCCAAGUAAUUCAAGUAAACCUAAACCUGCUGGAAAAGAAAAGAAAUCAGGCAACCUCACAAAAAUGUUGCAGUCAAUUGAAAAUGAUUCAGACAGUCACGAGGGUUUUAAUCUGCAGAUUGGGGACAAGAAUAUCAAGAAGCAAAUGCCAAAGGCAAAACAGUUGCAUACUAAGAGCCAAAUAUUUAAGUAUGCAUAUGGUCAACUUGAGAAAGAGAAAGCUAUGGAGCAAAAAAAUAAAAACUUGACCUUCUCGGGAGUAAUCUCAAUGGCCACAGAUACAGAUAUCAGGACUAGGCCUACAAUUGAGGUUGCUUUCAAGGAUCUUACCAUAACUCUCAAAAAGAAACACAAACAUCUCAUGAGGAGUGUGACCGGGAAAAUUUUGCCAGGUCGAAUAUCUGCAGUCAUGGGUCCAUCAGGGGCAGGGAAAACAACAUUUCUUUCUGCUGUGGCAGGAAAGAGCACUGAAUGCACCAUGUCAGGUUCUAUUCUUGUAAAUGGAAAGCCUGAUUCCAUUCAUUGUUACAAGAAGAUCACUGGUUUUGUCCCACAAGAUGAUAUUGUUCAUGGAAACUUGACUGUAGAAGAGAACCUCCGCUUCAGUGCUCGGUGCAGGCUUUCUGCAGACAUGCCAAAACCCGACAAAGUUCUUGUAGUCGAAAGAGUUAUUGAGUCUCUGGGACUUCAGUUGGUGAGAGAUUCGCUGGUUGGGACUGUAGAGAAGCGAGGUAUCUCUGGAGGCCAGAGGAAAAGAGUAAAUGUGGGGUUGGAAUUGGUAAUGGAACCUUCACUACUGAUCUUGGAUGAGCCCACAUCUGGCUUAGACAGUUCAUCCUCCAAUUUACUUCUUAGAGCUCUUCGACGUGAAGCUCUUGAAGGAGUUAACAUCUGCAUGGUUCUGCACCAGCCAAGCUAUACCUUGUACAAGAUGUUUGAUGACUUGAUACUUUUAGCCAAAGGUGGUCUUACCGUGUAUCAUGGACCUGUGAAAAAAGCAGAAGAAUACUUUGCGAGCAUAGGAAUCACUGUACCAGAGCGUGUCACUCCUCCAGAUCACUUCAUCGACAUUCUCGAGGGUAUAACAAAACCCGGUGCAGGUUUAACUGCUGAACAGCUACCUGUCAGAUGGAUGCUUCAUAACGGAUACCCUGUACCUCCAGAUAUGUUGCAAUUGUGUGAUCAAAUUGGUUCUUCCUCUAAUGGUGGAAGUACUCAUGGAGCUCCAGAAAAAUCUUUUCCAGGAGAUGCAUGGCAGGAUAAUCGAGAUCAUAAACCGCUUCAUUUCUUAAAACCCUAUGACUUGUCUAAUCGAGUUACACCUGGUGUACUUCGGCAAUAUAGAUAUUUUCUUGGAAGGAGUAUCAAGCAGCGACUUCGAGAAGCUCAGUUGCAAGCAGCAGAUUUUUUGAUCCUUUUGCUCGCUGGAGCAUGUUUAGGAACUCUCUCUCAAGUGAAAGGGGACACCUUUGGGUAUCAUGGUUAUAUGUAUACGAUCAUUGCUGUGUCACUCCUGUGCAAGAUUUCGGCUUUAAGGUCAUUUUCAUUGGACAAAUUACACUACCGGCGAGAGAAUGACAGUGGCACAAGCAGUCUAGCAUAUUUUAUGGCUAAGGAUACAGUUGAUCAUUUCAAUACAGUUAUCAAGCCUUUGGUUUUCCUUUCUAUGUUCUUUUUUUUCAACAAUCCAAGAUCAACUUUCAUGGAUAAUUAUGUUGUUCUGCUCUGCCUUGUAUACUGUGUAACUGGCAUAGCCUAUGUGUUUGCCAUCUUCUUUCCACCUAGUCAAGCCCAACUGUGGUGUGUGCUUCUUCCUGUUGUUCUUACUCUCAUUGCGAAUCAAGGUAAAGAUGAUAAAAUUGGGAAGUAUCUAGGCAGUUACAGUUAUCCAAAGUGGGCUCUGGAAGCUUUUCUCAUUGCGAAUGCUCAAAGAUACUCCGGAGUGUGGCUGAUAACUCGCUGUGAUACAUUAAACGAAUUGGGAUACAGUGUUCAAAAUUGGACUUGCUGUCUAGUUUUACUCAUAGUCACUGAAAAAGCGGACAACGUAGUUUUGGCAGCCAUGUAUCCUAGAUUAUCAUUUAGGAUUCCAUUUGUAUUGGUACAGAAAUUUUCUUGGCCAUAG